AUGGAUCGACGUCUGCUCCUUGCAUACUGCGGUGGUAGCUGGCAAGGGAUUAUAAACCAACUUGAUUAUAUCCAAGACAUGGGAUUCACUGCAAUUUGGAUCACACCCAUCACCCAGCAGAUUCCCGAGACGACUGUCUUUGGAACGGGGUUCCACGGUUAUUGGCAGAAGAAUAUAUAUAACGUCGAGUCCCACUUGGGGACAGCGGCCGACAUAAAGGCGCUAUCCAAGGCCCUUCACGACCGCGGCAUGUAUCUCAUGCUUGACGUCGUGGCAAACCAUAUGGCCUACGCCGGUCCGGGGGGAUCAACCGACUUCAGCAUCUUCACGCCCUUCAAUUCAGCGUCUUACUUCCACUCGUACUGCCCGAUCAACAACUACGACGAUCAAUGGCAAUCCGAGAACUGCUACCUGGGGGACAACUCAGUCUCGCUGACCGACCUGGAGACCCAGAACUCCGAGGUCCGCAGGAUCUGGUACGAUUGGGUCAAGGAUAUUGUUUUAGAGUACUCGAGUAAGCUGCCGUCAGUCAUCAAAGACGGUUGGUUCUCAGGAUUAACAGGGAAAUAG